UUUGGGAUCCGUUUCCAGUCGGCGGAGGAGGCUGGGAGGAGUGGGAGCCUCACCUUCGGGUCUUCCCUUUCAGAUGGGUCUCCUUUUGCCGCGACUUUUGCUCCUGGGAGCGACCGCCUUCCUCCUGGUGGGACCCUCGGCCUCCUCGCACUCCCUCUACUAUUUCCGCACGUACAUGUCGGAGGCCAUCCCAGGGGCGCCCCGCUACGUGGAGAUAGGCUACCUGGACGGCCAGCCCAUCGAGCGCUACGACAGCAAAUCAGGAAAGAUGCACCCCCUGACCCCCUGGAUAAGCCACAGCGUGAGCCUGAUGGAGAACUACUGGGAGGUGCAGUCCUCCCUCGCCCAACUCAACGAGGAGGGCUUCGAGCAUUUCACGGUGAUUUUGGAGAGGUACUACAAUGGCUAUGACGAAAUGGGGACCGGCACUUGCUUUGUCAACGAGUUCUCUUGCAAAGACGGGAGCUGCAUUUUGUGGGGCUACAUCUGUGACAUGAACGAGGACUGCAGGGACGGCAGCGAUGAGACCCCCGGUCUCUGCAACAUUGGGGGGCUUCAUACCUUGCAGUGCGUUGACGGCUGUGAGCUGAGUGACGACGGGACCGAGAAGCUGUAUCACCGAGAGGCGUACGACGGAAAAGAGCUGACCGACUGGGACAUCGUCUGGGACAUUUACCGGCACCGGAAGGGCUUCUGGGGACAGACCUGCAUCGGGUGGCUGAGGAGGCACCUUGAGUUCCAGAAGAAGAAUUUGCCCACAGAGGCCCCUGAUGUGAAAUUGAUUCACCGUCCCAUCAACGGGAGCCUGGAGACCCUCAUCUGCAAAGUGAACGGCUUCUUUCCCAAGGAUAUCAACGCGUUCUGGCUGAAGGAUGGGAAAAUAGUGGACGACGAGAACAUCCACGUGAAGGUGGUCCCCAACGCGGACGGGACCUACCAGGCCCGGCUGACCAUCCAGGUGGACCCCACUGAGGCCCAGCACUACGAGUGCCACAUCGACCACGCCUCCUUGAACGAGCCCCUUCACAAGGGAUGGAGAUGGUCCGACUCGGCGUGGCCUAUUGUCGGAAGUGUUGCUGCCGCUGUCGCUGUGGGCCUCGUGGUAGUAUCUGGGCUCAUCUUCUACACCAACAAACCCAGUGUGGCGCCUUCUGAGCAGCCUGCAGAUGAAACGGCAAUGGAGUGACAGAGAUCUGAUUUCAGCCAAAGAAACAUGGAAGGAAAGGAGGAAAUCCAGGGAUUUGGAUCAAGAACUGGAAGGAGGGAAAGAAGAGAAAUAUUUGCCUUGUUCUUGCAACAGAGGGACAUUUGCAGCAGACUCCUUUUAGGACCUGCGUUGGGACUUGGCCUUCAAUUCUCGAGGUGGUUCGAAAUUUGGGUGACACCCAAUAUUUUGGAUGCUUAAAACAAACAGAAAAAGAACAAUGGAUAAGCUCCAUGGAAGGAUCUUGUCCAAAUUGGGCGAAUGGACAUUAAAAUGACCAGUGAGAUAGAUUAUAAAUGAGGAUUGAAAUGAUGCACACUGGGAAUUCCACCUUCUUUCUACCAUGUUGGGGAAUGGGGAUGACUGGAAGAAGGAGGAAAAGGUCCACCCAGUUUGCAGACUCCAGUGAAAAUAGGCAAAGCCCACUCACCCCUUGUACAUAAUAAGAAAAGGAUUGUAAAUAAAACUUGGACUAUUA